AUGGGGCCACGAAUCGAAAGAGACGUGGAUCAAUUACAAAAGCUCAGAACAACAUUGGUAGUUUCACAAUCCCAAUUAGAUAGAGGAAAUUCAGUUCACACGAUACUUCUGUUCCGCCCACAAGAGGAGCAAAAAAACCCUCCACAAUCCAUAAAAUGUAUGUAUACAAAGUUUGGAAUCAUAAGAACAAACCUGAGGACGAGGGAGAAAUUGAAGGCAGGUAAAGAAAAUGAGCAGGAAGAGAUAAGGCAUACCUCGAAGGGGUUGGCAGCGGCGGCGGUGGUGGUGUCGCUGGAGCGUAAGAAAGAGAGAGAGAGAAAUAAAUG